AUGUGCGCGAGGUUAGGAGAGCGAAUGCGCGCUCACGGCCCUGGGUGCGCGAGUGUACACGCUCUUUUAUCUACGCUUGCGUCGGUCACGCGCUUUAUAGUGAUUUGGAAGAUGGCGGUGUCCGUGUUCACCGGCGUGCGGCUCCUGUCUAUCGGGGAUGCCAACGGGGAAAUCCAGCGACAGUCUGAGCAGCAAGCGCUUAGACUGGAGAUAAAGAGUACACCGGGCUCUGCGAUGAUAAACUUGUCCAACAGUGAGGAUACCAGUGUGUUUAAGUGUUCCCUGAAUCAGGAGACGGAAUGCAGCCGUGUGGGGAAGCAGUCCUUCAUCAUCACCCUGGGACAGAACAGCGUCCUGCUGCAGUUCCCCACGCCCGCAGACUUCUGCUCGUUCUACAACGCAGUGAAGAGCAGCACAGCUGGAUGUUCCGAAGCCUCAGUGUUCAACCAGAGGACAGAGGAGGCAUCGGCCGUGCAGUACUUCCAGGUCUAUGGCUACCUCUCUCAGCAGCAGAACAUGAUGCAGGACUACGUGCGGACCGGCACCUACCAGAGGGCCAUCCUCCAGAACCACGCCGACUUCAAGGACAAGGUGGUGUUGGACGUGGGUUGUGGUUCAGGGAUUCUCUCCUUCUUCGCUGCCCAGGCUGGAGCCAGAAAGGUGUACGCUGUGGAGGCCAGCAGUAUGGCCCAGCACGCUGAGGUGCUGGUGAAGAGUAACGGGCUGUCGGACCGCGUGGUGGUGGUGACGGGGAAGGUGGAGGAGGUGACGCUGCCGGAGCAGGUCGACAUCAUCAUCUCAGAGCCCAUGGGCUACAUGCUCUUCAACGAGCGCAUGCUGGAGAGCUACGUCCACGCCAAGAAGUUCCUCAAGCCCAACGGUAACCUGUUCCCCACCAUAGGAGAUGUGCACCUGGCCCCGUUCACGGACGAGCAGCUCUACAUGGAGCAGUUCACUAAAGCCAACUUCUGGUAUCAGCAGUCGUUCCAUGGUGUGGAUCUCUCUGCACUCAGAGGGGCAGCAGUGGAGGAGUAUUUCAGACAGCCCAUCGUGGACACGUUUGACGUUCGUAUCAUGAUGGCAAAGUCGGUGAAGCACACGGUCAACUUCCUGGAGGUGAAGGAGAAUGACCUUCACAGGAUAGAGAUCCCCUUCAAGUUCCACAUGAUGCAGUCGGGGCUGGUGCACGGGCUGGCCUUCUGGUUUGACGUGGCCUUCAUGGGAUCUGUGAUGACGGUGUGGUUGUCGACGGCGCCCACGGAGCCCCUGACCCACUGGUACCAGGUGCGCUGCCUGCUGCAGUCGCCGCUCUUCACCAAAGCAGGAGACACGCUCAGCGGCACCGCACUGCUCCUGGCCAACAAGAGGCAAAGCUAUGACAUCAGCAUUGUGGCUCAGGUGGAACAGACGGGUUCUAAGAGCAGCAACACGCUGGACCUCAAGAACCCUUUCUUCAGGUACACGGGCUCCACCCCAGCCCCGCCCCCUGGCUCACACUACACCUCACCGUCCGAGAACAUGUGGAACACGUCGGGAGGCUACGGCAUGAAUCAGAACAUCUCAGCCAUGCCAGCUGCAUAUGAUCUCAGUGCUGUCAUUGGAGGAGGCCCCGCACACAAUAACCUCAUCCCUCUCGUCAACACAGGCGGAGUGAACCACACCACAUCUAGAGUGGGAUCCAUUAUGAGCACAGGACUUCUGCAGGGAGGCUCCAAUGAGCAGUCGGACUCCGGCGGGGGCGGAGCCGUCCAGUAUCCAAUCCCCAGCCAGUUCAUCAUGGGCGGGGCCUCUGUUCCCAUGGCGUCUCCCAUGGCGAUCCCUAGCAACACCAUGCACUACGGCAGUUAAUGGCGCCGUGCCGUUUCCGCCUCCUCCUCCUCCUCCUCCUCCCUGCUCACGUCUCCAUAGUAACGUCCCCGAUGAACUGACUUGACCUUCUUGACCACCGUUCAAACGAAAAGAAAGAAAGAAAGCAAGAAAGAAACCAAAACUGCCAUGAACUCCUUUUUCUCGUUCAUGUCUUUCCGUCUCUUUCUGUCAUAUUAUCUCUCUCCUCCUCUCUCUCUCUUUCUCCUCUCUCUUUCUAUCUAUCUGUCCGUCCAUCCCAUCCCUACCCCCUUUGAUGGCCCCUCCUCCUGACAUCCUGAGCCAACAGGACAUGACAUCACGGCUCCCAUCACAGCCUCCUCCUCCUCCUCCUCCUCCUCCUCGUGAGAUCAGGUUUCUUGUUUUGUUUGUUUAUAUUUUUGUUUGUUUGUUUCCAUGCCCCAUACUGCUGCUUAGGUGAGUCCAGCCCACCCCUGGCCUCACUCGUAAAACGACACCCACACACACAAACACACACACACACACAUAUCUAUGACAGAAGUGCUGUCUUGAGCGUCUGUCAUUAGCGAGAGUUGUUAUGACCUGUCGUCAUGUUUCCUCGCCCCUCCAUCCCUGAACUCUACACACACACACACACACACACACACCUCACCUCUCCGUCCAUGAGGAUGAGCAGGAAAGGAAGAACUGUGUCGGACUCCCAGUCCAUCCCCCAAUGGCUUAUAAAGCAGUGUUUACUCGAAUCUUAUCUCUCUUUUUUUUUCCUUUUUUUUUUUUUUUUUACAUUUUUUUCCCCUCCUCCACCUUUUUAUUUUGACAAAGACCUGAUGUGGUGUUGACAACCUCUGUUCUCUGUGAGGAGAGUUGAUUUCUCUGUGCUUGGAACAGGAGAGGAAGAUUUGCAGAGGGUAUUGGCAUUUGUAUUUUUUAAAGACUUGUGACACACACACACACACACACACACACAUGCACUGAUGCGUAAAUGCACGGAAUGUACAUACAUCACACACAUAUACACAACACACAACACAGUAUCGUGUGUGCGCACACACACCACACACCACACCACACAACACAACACACGAUUGCACAUGAAUAUACUCAUUCUGUGUUUUGAUCAACUGGACAGAAUCGGACAGUCAGUUGUGUGAAAUCGUCCUAGUAUGCCCCCCCCACCCACUCUCUCUCUCUCACACACACACAUACACACACACACACACACACGCACACGCACACAGACACAGACACAGACACACACACCAACAUCUGACUGGCAGAACCGACAGACCGCUUAAAAGAUCAGAGCCUUCUAGACUCCUGGAUUGGACUUUUAUGUUUGGACUCCGAGCACAUUUGCACUACAUCUUUAAAAAGAAAAAGAAAAAAAAGACUUUAUUUUUUUAAACCCGCUCCUCUGUUCCGUUCCCCCCACCCCACCCACACGUCAAUGCUGAGUUAACCAAUCCGUCAACGAGGAGACAACCUGGAGUCCGCUCAGUCUGAUUGGAGGAAGCCGAUGAUGAUGAUGAUGAUGAUGAUCCGAUAAAGGCAGCCAGUGGACAGUCAUCAGGAAGCUGUCGCUGGCCAAUCGGGAAGAGCGGAAAGUGGGGCCAGUUGGCGAGCUGUCCAGUAGGAGAGAUGCAGCUAGAGGCUUGGGAGAACAUGGAUUUUUUUUUGGGGGGGGGGGGGGUUGUUUAAUGCAGAGUUUACAGUACAUUACAUGUGCACACAUACACACACACACACACACACAUAUAUACACACACACACACACACACACACACACACACACACACACACACACUGGAUGUUUUUCUUGAUGGAGGGGGGUUUUAGGGAAAAAAAAGUCCUUAGUAGUCGGUCCAACCUCUCCACCCCCCCUCCUGAAAACAUUCCAACACCAAACCCUUCAACCCCUGUCCGUCAUGAUUUGAUGUUAGUUGUGGAAUUCGCCGUUUUUAAACGUAUCCAUCCUGCCCAUGAUACUGAUGUUGGUUGUUGUAUGUCGACCUUUUAAAAAAAAAAAAAACAUAUCGCCCCCCACCUUCAAGAUGAACUAUGCUUCCAUUUGUCGAUCCCUGAGAUUCCCUUUAGAGACUAUUGCUACCCUACAUCCCUCAUCAUCUUCCUUGUUUGAUGCAUCCCCAUUCGUAGAGGCAACUAAUUAUUUUGUUUCGUUUUUUUUCUUUUCUUUAUUUUUGUUGUUUUUCGUCUUUAUUUUCAUAAGAAAAGUAAAAAGGGAAAAAAAAGCCAAAUGACCAAAUUAAAUGUCAGUCGAGAAAUAGGACAGACCUG